CCAUCUCAACUUGCUUUCCUUCCCCAUCGCCCGACCGGCCACGACGGAGCUGCGCGCGCCGCCGCCCUCUGCUCCCGCGACGGCGAGGACCUGUCCUGUCCAGCCCAGCCAAACACGGCAUAAAUAAACCCCAUCCGCACACGUUGGAUGUAUGCGUCACUACAACGCCACCACCUGUAAAUCAAUCCUGUAACCGUCGCCAUGUCGCAUGCCGCCGCCGCCGCAGCCGCCAUCCCGCUGCGUCGCCCGUUCCUCCUCUCCCUCAAGCCGGCCCACCUCCUGUCCUCCCUCGCGGCGCCCUCACCUGGCCUCCGCCACCCGCGCGCGCUCCGGCCCGCGGGCCCUCUGCCCACCGACGCCGCCGAGGACACCGACGAUCCGGACGCCGGGGACGGCGCCGCAGUGCCCUUCCGGAGGAGCCGCAACGCGCUCAAGAGGGAUGCCCGCCGCGCCGUGCGGUGGGGCAUGGAGCUUGCCAAGUUCCCGCCUCCGCAGAUCAAGCGCAUCCUGAGGGCUGCCUCACUGGAAACCGAGGUGUUCGACGCGCUCAUGAUCGUCAAGAGAUUUGGGCCGGAUGUGCGGGAAGGAAAGAGGAGGCAGUACAAUUACAUCGGAAGUCUUCUGCGCAAUGCACAACCGGAAUUGAUGGAUACUCUAAUACAGGCUUCCAAGGAUGGAGGUGACAGCAAGUUAGAUACCUUGCUGAGUGAAAACGCAUUGUUGGUGGAAGAGGAGGAAGUGGAGGAUCUACCUGAUGAAGAAGAGGAUGAUGAAGAGUAUAUGAAAGUUGCAGAUAGAUGGUUUGAUGGUCUCCUUUGCAAAGACAUCUCAGUUACUAAUGAAGUUUAUGCUGUCCAUAAUGUUGAGUUUGAUCGUCAGGAACUGCGGAAGCUCGUGAGGAGAGUCCACAUGGUUCAGGAAAGCACACAAAUUAAAGAUGGCGAGGAAGGAUCCAGCGGGAAGCUUUCCAGAGCAAAGAAACCGCUUCUGAGGUUCCUUCGCUCCCUUGCAAAGGAGGCGUGUGCUGAAUAGGCAAAAAGACUUACUAAUACUUGGAAGGAUGGACAGUGGAGUGCAACGGCAGCCUGGUAUGCUGUGGUCAGUGAGCUAAAUUACCAUGGAUGGAGUUUUGGGUGCACUCAUUUCAACGAGGAUACGCAGCUUAAUUGGGGAAUCAUAUCAUGCGGAGACGUGCUUAAUUGUUGCUUAAUUGUCUCCCAGAUAUCGAUCUGCCAUCUACCUGCUGUACGAAAAUGGAUUAUCGAUGCCGUAGUAUUUUUUGGACAAAAGAAAAGCAGUUAUUAUUUCUGAAAUCGAGUUGCUUUGCUGUGCUGGCGAUUCUGUAUUUUAUCAAUCAUUUAUAAAUUUUUUUAGAUAAAGGAAAUGUUUCAGUGGCUAUUGUUGACCGUA